CCGUAAAGGUGUCGCGGCGCGUGUGGAGGUGGGGAGCGCGGCGUGCCGCGGCCAUGUUCGCGGCGAGCUCACGCGGGGCUCUUCACUCGCGUCUCGCCGCGCCCUGAGACGCAGCUCCUCUUCCCGCUCCUCCUUAUCCUUAUCCGCCUCUACCCUCCCCGGCGGUCUCUUCUUGUUCCAAUCGCGCGAGCAGCGUGCAACCGCGAUAAGCCCGGCGGGGACACCCAUUUUUUCGCUGCCUUUCCCAGCCCACGUGGGUUAACCGUCGUCAACUCGCGUUGCCCGUUUCAGUUCUGCUGCUGCUGCUCCGACCACCUAAUUUAUAUUUCUUUAAAAAAAAUACAAACACUGAAAUCCAUCGCAAUCAUGGACGCGACUGCGGGAACCGCGGCCCAGGCUUGCUGCUCCAGUGCAGCGGCUAUGCCGCUAGACCAGAAACAGAAGGAGCAAAAGCCAGGAAAUCAGCAGCAGCAGGAGGAGAAGCAGGAAGAGAAGAAGUACGAGAAGCCUCCGAUUCCGCCGAAGUUCCGCAAGAUCGCCGUGCUGGGAUUCCCCUCUGUUGGGAAAUCUUCUCUGACUGUCCAGUUUGCCCAAGAUGAGUUUCUGAACUCGUACGAUCCAACCAUUGAAAACACCUUUAACAAGAUGCUGACUGUGGAUGGACAAGAAUUCCACCUGAAGCUGGUUGACACAGCCGGCCAGGAUGAGUACUCUCCGUUCCAGCAGUUCUACUCCUUGGAUGUGCAUGGCUACGUGCUGGUCUACUCUGUCACGUCCAACAGGAGCUUUCAGGUGAUCCAAACAAUCCAUGACAAGCUGAAGGACAUUAUUGGGAGAGUGCGCGUUCCAAUGCUCCUGGUUGGGAAUAAGAAAGACUUGAGCAUGGACCGAGUGAUAAGCUACGAGGAAGGGAAGAAGCUGGCCAACUCCUGGCAUGCGGCUUUCAUUGAGUCCACCGCCAAGGAGAAUGAGGCCGUGCAAGAGGUGUUCCGCCAGAUCGUACUGGAGAUGGAGAGGAUCGACAAAAACUGCAUGCGCUCCAAGUUCUCUUGCUGCCUGAUGUAGUUAGGCGCAGGUUUGCGCGUCGUCCCUCCGCCCGGCCGUUCAUCCACCCGACCGCCCAUUCAUCUGGCCGCCAAUUCACCCGGUCGUACAUCCGCCGGGUUGCACAUCCGCCUGGCCUGCGCGUCCACCCGGCCGCCAAUUCACCUGGCCGCAUAUCCACCCGGCCGCACAUCCACCGGGCCGCACACUCCAACCACCACUUGACCACAGGCUCACGACUGUCCAAUCACAAUUGGCUUCGCUUUAAUUGCAGAGGCAAUCGCGAACUUCCCCAUCCUCACCUUUUGUCUCUCCCCCCCCCCACUUCUACCCCCCCCCCCGCCACCCCAGUUUCACGCCACCCCAGUUUCACGUUACAAGGAUCAUUAAUCAGUCAUGGAUUGCUUAGCCGGUGGCUCUGCUGCUCUGUGGAAGGCCUACUUUCACUGCUCGUAGUGAACACUGUUAUACAGGCAUUGCGUUUUGCAGACAAGUUCCUUGACCAUUGUCACCUCGUAUGGCAGGUCAAAACUGCACACGCGGUCUGUGUGUGUGUGUGUGUGAGACUGAAUCAAAACCAGCCGACUGGUCCGUGUGUGCGUGCACGCGCGAGUGUGUGGUGUGUGCGUGUGUGCUGGAUGUCGGCGUACACUAAGACGAACCGCUGAUUUACCAGUCGUGAUGCUGGAUCAACACUCGCGUGUUAUUCUACACGCGCAGCAGCAGCAGCAGCGUGUCUGUUGCCAUGAACGUUCAGGGUGGCUCUGUGGAACGGCUCUUGGUGAGGACUCUUGCAUAGGGAUGGGCAGCGAUGUCCUAGUUGGUCUCGCACAGCUGAUGUUAUCAUUGGGCAGAGACGGUUAAUCUAGCACCCCCUGCCGCCCGCCUCCUGUUUGCAAGACAUCUCACCAACGGCCUCCAGCCCUCUGCCUGCCUUUAGCUCCACAACUUGUGACCUCAUUUUUAUUUUUAAAAUGUUUGUUUGGAAAACCAGUCAAGGAGAAACCUGGCUACAUCUGAAAUACCUUGUUGGGUGGGUAUGUUUCGGGAUAUCAACCCCUGUCCAACCACAACCGCUCGCUGCUACUUGAUCAAUUCUGUGGUUCACGUCAAAAUACAUUUCAUUUCUCCAGGCACAAGUGCUGCCUCUCAAAACUUGUUCAGCAGACUAAUUGAAUCAAUGUGAUUGAAUCUUGAGUUUAAGUGGAUUUAAAUUGCUCACAGAGGCUGUGGUUAUUUUUAAAUGGUGUAUCCCUACAGCCACCUUGGAGGUACUGGAUUCAUUCCCACUGGUGCCCAAAGCGUCACUGCUUUAAGGCCGUGAUGACACGCCGGGCACUUUAAGGACAGCCGUCUUUCAGCAAUUGCCACCAUGCAUUUUCGUGCGAAUGUCGCCAUCGAUUUGUCACCUGCAGCCCGUUUUGCACGGGGCACUGGUAACUUGGAUUGGUGGUGGCACAGUAAAGGUUCCAAGUCGCAAUUAUGUCUUGCCAAUGAAAACACCCUUUGUUAAUUAGAGUGUAUUCACUAUAAUUAGUCUACAGAGUAACACACCCUUGCGUAAUCGAGUGCAUCCUCUGCAAACGGACUGGAACUUGCUUUUCCAGUUUCCCCGCAAGAGAACAGCAGUCAGUUUUUUUUGCCAUGGUUUUGGCAACUACAUGUUUGUAACAACAGCAAACGGCGUGGCAAAGUUUGUCAUAAAAUCCCCAUGUCACGUGGGCCCUUCAGGAACAAGGCGAUGGACACGUCCUUGAAGAAUGAAAGUUUACAUUUCGGUUGAAGUACCGUUUCUCCUUGACUCGCGCCCCCCCCCCCCCGCGCCCCCCACCGUUGGUCAGAACCCCCCGCCCUGCGUUGGGUGGUGGUGCCUGUACGGGUCGCUCCCUUGUAGACGGUAGUUCGGGUUGCUGUUCCCCUGCAGCUGAAACGAGGUAAAUAAGACUCUGUGGUCACCUUUCCCAGCAGGGCCACACCAGGAGAGUCCACAUGCCCCCCUCCCCCUGGCGACCCAACGUAUUGAGUAUGGGACGGUGCAGGGAUCACUUUGACUUUCCCUUGCCAUCCCCCAUCCCCUCGCAGGGUUUUCACAAACUUUGUCCCGUGAUACCACGACGGCGUGCCUCGUCCGCGUGUGCACCAGUCCUUUAGUUCAGCACAGAUGAAGUCAUCUACUGCACGCACCUGGCGAUUACAAAACAAGCCGCACGUGACGCGAUGGGGAUUUGACAUCGCCGUCCAGCGUGUGUGCGCGCGCGCACUCGAGUCCCCGGUAUUGGCACUUGCCGUAGGGGUGAACCGAUGCCGGGGUCGCGCGUGCAACAUGUUUGGUAAACGUCAGGUGCGCGUACAGCGCUGAAUUUGAAGGGGAAAUGGGGUGAACACGGUGCGAUUUGUGGUGGCCCGUGAGGACUGAGGUUUGGGGAAAAUGCGGCCUUCCACAUUUGGCGGAGCAUGCGCAUUGGCUUUGCCCUUACAGUGGCAAGGUGGGUGGGGAGGCAUGUGAUUUAACCUGUGUGGAUUUGAGGGUUGGACCAUGAACCCCAGAGACUUAUAAUAAUUGCUGCUUGCCACCGAAUGUUAUUACGUGUAUUUGCCGUAUUAGUUAGCGUUCGUUUUUUUGCGCGUGUAUUUUUUUUGUUUGUGUUUGGGGGGCCAAAUUGUGAAGGGUUGACAAUGUAGUCUGAGAAUAGUUUAACGUUGUUUUUUUGUUACAAUGCGUAGCCUUAGUUACCUCCGUUUGUUUGAAUAAUGAUGUCCGUUCGCAACUUGAAGGACUGAUUGCCGACUUGACUUGUCCAGGACUAAACGGGGGCUUAAAGGUCUCCCGAAGUCACCUGUGACAAUUUUUUUUAAUAAUGCACAUUUUGAUUGGCUGGGAAAUACAAAAGACUUAAGACAAAAAAAAUGCAUUCUUGGCCAUCUGACAUUAUUUGAUCUGUGCAAACACGUGUGGUGUUAUUAUUUGCAUGGAUUGGUUUACGUAAUGUGAGAACGUUGAGCUUUAUGUAUUAAAAUUAUAAAUAACCUUGCAGAGGUACACAUUUUUUUCGUAAAGAAAUGGUGAAAAAAAACUAAAAAAUAUUAAUACUUGGUUUACGCAUAUCUCAAAAGACCCAGAGUAUUUUCACGAUGGGACUGUGCAGUGAGUGUCCGUUAGCAUGUGCAUGGGACACUGGUAAGUUAUAAGGGUCGCUCGUAGAUGAGGGAGCAGAGGAUAACAGAGGUGAGUUUUUGUACCUCUAGUGCUUGAAAUAUGCCCCCAGAGGGCAUCUCUAAGUCACGUGUUGCGUGGAAUCGCUAACGCAAGGAGAGGCGUAACCAUGCAUCGCUUGGGUAUCGAUCCUUGGCCUAGUCGUGUGCGUAAUAAUCUGUUAUAUUUUUUAUCCUGUGCGUUGUGCAUGAAACUGACGUGACCUCCCCGCAGACACCAGUGGCCGCUGUCAUUUCCUGGAUGAAUAGUUGCGCCUCUGCACGCAGUGCAAUUCGUAUGACAAUAAAUGCUUGAAUUUAACUGUUAGUCGAUGACGACCCUUGGUAGGGACUUGCCUUAUUUCCUUAUUCUAUUGAAGAAAGGGGGAAAAACAAGCAGCCUAUCAAAGCACAAAUGUGGUUUAUUUUAUAUAUUUUUUCUGUCUUUGGUUUUGUAUUUAAAGGAUUUAACGUGAAGGUUCGCCAGGAUACGUCUUCUGUGGAGAGAGACGGGUUUGGUUCGUAGGACCCUGGUUUACGCGAUGGAAAUAAACCGCCUUAGGUGCAACCAAUGUGACUAAACUGUAAAAAACCAACAACAGGGUAAAUCAGUUUCUCUUCAAUCUUUUAAAAUUGUAAGCCAAUUUAAAAGUUAACCAGUCGAGCGCAACUCGUGUGACCAAAUUAGUUAACACUGCUGGCACAAGUGCACAACAAUACAACUUAACAUUCGUCUAACGCCGCCUUAUAUUAGCCAACGUGCUAUGAAGAAGGGCCUUUGCCCGAAACGUUGCCUGUCUACUUUUACUUUUAAAGCAAUGUUUAUUGUGGGAUACGUUUUUAUGUUACCGUAUUUUUUGUAUGCAUCUCGAGCGAAAGACGUAUGCGUGAUUAGUCGCCUAUAAAAAAAAGAAUUCCAGUGUAGCGGAUUUGACUGCGAUUUUAGAGUUCAAUUCGUUUCGCAGAACGCUUCAAAUCGUGAGACGCCGCAGAAAUGCAACCGGUAUCGUGCAACUGAUUUUACUGAAACCAGUCCAUGUCUCGCAACCAGUGCCGUGGGUAUUUCACAAAACUGUUGCCAAAACGAUUUGCAUGAAACCGGAUUGCACGGUGACGUGUGGAAGAGGGAAAUUAUUCGCAAGGCGCACUGUGCCCUAAAACGAUUGAAUUAAAAUUGGAUCCGAUGCGUAAUCCGUGACCGAACGUCCGCACACUCUUCCUCAUUUCGUUGGUGAAAUUUGGUCGUCUCGGAUUUUUUUGGCGGCGGGGGGGGGGGUCCGAUUCUCGCGUGGUUACUGAAUGUCGUGUUUUGUCGUCAUGAUUCCCGCCGGCAAGGUGACCCAUCGUUGACAUCGUUUACCACCAACGAGUGUACAUCGCCGGCGCUGACUCGUCCCGUUAUAUAUUUUUUGGCCGUUUCGUCCAAACGUGAAUGUGUCACUACUUCCUGUGACAACACCGCACGUGGCUGCUAUGCCUUGGUGUUGUUUGAAUCCGUGCGGUCUAACACUAUAACCCAGCCUACAGAGUCCUCCAACCCCCUCGUACAAUUGAGGUGGGGGGUGGGGGGCAGAGACUAGACGCGUCGGUGUUCGGGCUGGCGCAGGGUUCUUGCUACCAACGCGCAUUCGUGUCUCCGUCUCUCGCGUCGUGUGUGGACGAUAGUGAAAUGAAUUUGAAAGAAGGAAAAAAACUGCACGUGUGUGUGUGUAAUCUAGGGUCUGCCAAAGAAAUGCACCUGUCCGUUCUGUCCAGGGUUUCGAAGUGAAUCUUGAUCAACACUCGUAAUGCUUUCUCGUCACGAGUGAAGAUCAAGGGAUUUAGUGAAACCGAUAUGACAAAGCCGUGUAUGUUAACCGAACGUAUGAUGCAUCCUUGAAUUCAAGCGACAUGGCAUGAUUGAUGUCUUCGGAGGCACACGUGUAACAUAAUGUGCAAGAAAUGUUGAUCCUUUCAUCCAGCAGUGGAUCGGGCAUGGCUGCUAAUGGUGAUAAUGGUUUCACAAGUUAUAUUUUGUCAGUAUAUUAACAUUCUUGCUUGAAUACUCCCAAGUGUUUCAAGGCUGCAUCCUAUAUCGGGUUAAAACUCAUUAAUUUCUAAUGGUGCAAGUUACAGCUCGCCCAAAGGGAAGGUAGUAAUUUGGAAAUGUCUCUUAUGAAAUCAUUUUCAUCCAUCUUUUUUUAAAGCUAUAUAUACCACAUUCUCCGAAUUAUAAAAAUCCCCGGAAAUUAAGACGUGCCCGCAACGCCCCCCCCCUCCCCACCCCGAUGCCAUGAAGGGCGUAACAAAUCUUGAUCACGGGCACACGCCAAACAGUAUUCUAAAGAUGUGUGGCCACCUCUCAAAUUUUGCCUUUUAAAAUACAGGGGGAACGGGUGCGUCUUAUAAUCGGGAGGAUGUGGUAUAAUAUACAUGUGAUAGUAAUAAAGCGUGUUGUCAAAACGGUUGCACUGAAGUGUGUGUGUGUGUUUUGCGUAUGCCAGUGUUUUUCGCUCAUUUUCAGGGGGCGGUGGGGGCCCUUUCGCCGAUAAGACAUCAGUGCGAGGGCCGUCACAUUUGAAACCGUUGUGGUUUGACAGCAGCGGCACGAUGAUAAUGGGCUGCUGUCACAUUCGUGUGUUGGGGCCGCGAGUGGCCCGCGGGCCUUGCGAUGACGAACACUGGUGUGUGAUAUGGUGAAGUGGCUGUAACUUGUCGUUUUUGAACCGUAACGCUAUAGCAGCAGUGCCGUUGGACCUGCUGUGUGUGCAAUAGGGCGCGCUGCUGUUAACCUCGCACGCAUCUGUAGACUGGCUGGUUCUGGAAAAAAUGCCCGCUUCUGAACAAAAAAAGCACAGUCUGUAAAAUAGUUAAGUUGUUUGAGAUCACUGCGAUGUCGGCACAACCUGACUGUGUUAACUGCCCACUGGAGUUGCAAUCCAGCAGUCGCCGAUUCCAUCUCCGGGCGCGGGAGUUGAAACAAUGUGGAUUUUUUUUUAUCCUCACCCCCUCUCCCCCACCCUUUGGUUGUCAAGCAGCGUCCAGUAAAUGGGGCAUCGGGAGGUGUGGGUAAAGUGUGGGUACUCUCGCUUCCGAAAUUAAUUGGAGGCCCUUCCGCCAGCAGCGGCACGAGCGGACCUUUGCUGGACUGCGCCUUUACCUUGCACACGCAUACUAAACACGAACAAUACGUACGCCUUUUAACUGAAACUGUGUCCUUAACAAUGCAACGCCUUAAAUACUUGUUUAUCUCAUGCAGAGAACGGGUUUACUCGAUGUUUUGUGUUCCGUGUGCGGGUUUUUGUUUUUCUCUCGCAACAUUUUAAUUUGUAAGCCUGGUGCUGAGUGUGAGCUCACCACACCACUUGGGUGGUUUACCUGUCGAUUCCGUCUUGAAUUAUCCUUGAAAUACUGUUCAGCUACGUUUUGUAAUUUUGUUCCACGUGUGAAGGGGAAGAGGUGUGUAUGUGUGUGCUGUAUGUUGUUGUACUGUACCUCUAAAUAAAGUAGUCACAAAUAAAA